AUGUAUAAAAUGGAGUAUUCUUACCUAAAUUCCUCUGCCUACGAGUCAUGUAUGGCCGGGAUGGACACGACGAGCUUGGCAUCGGCCUAUGCGGACUUCAGCUCGUGCAGUCAAGCCAGUGGGUUUCAGUACAAUCCCAUCAGGACCACUUUCGGGGCCACCUCCGGCUGUCCGUCCCUCACGCCGGGGUCCUGCAGCCUGGGGACCCUGCGGGACCACCAGAGCAGCCCGUACGCCGCAGUUCCCUACAAACUGUUCACGGAUCACGGCGGACUGAACGAGAAGAGGAAGCAGAGGCGCAUCCGGACCACGUUCACCAGCGCCCAGCUGAAGGAGCUCGAGCGGGUUUUUGCUGAAACGCACUACCCGGAUAUCUACACCCGAGAGGAGCUGGCACUCAAAAUCGAUCUGACUGAAGCCAGAGUGCAGGUGUGGUUCCAAAACCGGCGUGCCAAAUUUCGCAAGCAGGAGCGCGCAGCUGCAGCGGCCGCAGCGGCUGCCAAGUCCAACUCUGGAAAGAAGUCCGACUCCAGAGACGAAGACAGCAAAGACACCAAAUCUACCGACCCCGACAGCACGGGAGGACCGGGCCCGAACCCCGUGCCCACUUCCAACUGCGGCGGACCGAGCCCCACCGGCGGCCAGGUCAACACCACCGGGAGCGGACAGGUGGACCAGGUGAAGACCUCCGUGUCCACCGGCAUGGGGGUGACAGCACCGAGCCAAGGCUGGGCCACCGCCCCGGGGACCAUCACCUCUAUCCCGGACUCAUUGGGCGGGCCGUUCGCCAGCGUACUGUCGUCUUUGCAAAGACAGAACGGAGCCAAAGCUACGUUAGUAAAGACCAGCAUGUUCUAA